GUGGUAGUGAAUCAAAACAAAAAUCAAAAAUGAUAUCUUCCGAUCAUAUGGGAAAUAUUAUUGAAACAAUGAGUACAACUACAACAACAACAACAGCAACAAGUUUUGAAAGUGGUAGUCUUAAUACCGGUGAUGAUAAUGAUAAUGGUGAAAAAAAUAUCGAACGUGAACAAUGGGGUAAAAAAAUUGAUUUUCUUUUAUCGAUUAUCGGAUUUGCUGUUGAUUUAUCGAAUGUUUGGCGUUUUCCAUAUCUUUGUUAUAAAAAUGGUGGCGGUGUAUUUUUAAUUCCAUAUACAACAAUGUUAUUAUUUGGUGCAUUACCCUUAUUUUUUAUGGAAUUAUCAUUAGGACAAUGGGCAAAAACCGGUCCAAUAAGUUUAUGGGAUAAAAUUUGUCCACCAUUAAAAGGAAUUGGUUAUUGUUUUGUAUUAAUAUCAUGGUAUGUUUCAUUUUAUUAUAAUGUUAUUAUUGCUUGGACAACAAGUUAUGUUAUUAAAACAAUUUUUUCGGGUAAUCUAAUGCCUUGGCAACAUUGUAAUAAUUGGUAUAAUACUGAAGAUUGUAUUUCAAUGGAAGAAAUUAAACAGCUCAAAUGUGGUCAACAACAACCAAAACAACAAACAACAAUGAUGAUGGAUAUUAUCAAUCAAACAACAACAACAACACAAAGAUCUAUUUUAAUCAAUCAAAGUUUGCCUUUGAAAAAAUUAUUAUUAUCAAAUCGUAAAAUAAUAAAUUCAACAACAGCAAUGAUUAUGAAUCGUGAACAACCCGAACAAGAAUAUGAUAUUGAAAUGAUUUGUGAAAAACUUUCUAAUCGUACAUCACCAACUGAAGAAUUUUUCAACCGAGGCCUGUUACAGAUUGAUCAAUCACGUGGAUUAGAAAGCCUUGGACAUAUACGAAUGGAAUUAGUUGGUUGCCUUUUAAUUGUAUUCAUAAUACUUUAUUUUUCACUUUUCAAAGGUGUAAAAUCAUCAGGAAAGGUUGUCUGGGUUACAGCAACUGCACCUUAUUUUAUUCUAACCAUAUUAUUGAUACGUGGCCUAUUUUUACCUGGAUCUAUUUCAGGAAUAUUAUAUUAUAUAAAUCCACAAAUGCAUAAAUUAUUAGAACCAAUGGUUUGGGUUGAUGCUGCCGUACAAGUAUUCUAUUCAAUUGGUGUUGGUUUUGGUGUACAUUUAACAUAUGCAUCAUUUAAUAAAUAUAAUAAUAAUUGUUAUCGUGAUUGUUUGAUAACAGCAUCGGUUAAUUCAUUAACAUCAUUUUAUUCUGGUUUUGUUAUAUUUACAUAUUUGGGUUAUAUGGCAACAUCAAUGAAUAAAGAAAUUGAAAAUGUUGCUAGUGAAGGUUAUGGUCUAGUAUUUCAAGUUUAUCCCGAAGCUAUUUCAACAUUACCAUUUGCAAAAUUUUGGUCAUUAUUAUUUUUUUUCAUGUUAUUAACAUUGGGUAUUGAUUCGGCUAUGGGUGGAAUUGAAGCUGUCAUCACUGGAUUAAUGGAUGAAUUUGAUCUACAUAAACGUUUUAAACGUGAAUAUUUUACCGGUUUAGUUAUAAGCGCUUCUUUUAUUGGUUCAUUAAUUAAUUGUACUCAGGGAGGCGCAUUCACAAUGGUUUGGUUCGAUACAUAUUCUGCCGGUAUUUCAUUAAUAGCAUCGGCUAUGUUUGAAACAUUAGCUGUUAUGUAUAUUUAUGGAGCCGAAAAAUUUUGCCUUGAUAUUGAAUCAAUGAUUGGCCAUCGACCAAGUCGUUAUUUUGUUUAUUCAUGGAAAUAUAUUUCACCUGUAUUUCUUACUACGAUCAUAAUAAUGUCGAUUAUAAAUUCAGAAUCAAUUUCAUAUUAUGGUUAUAAUUUUCCAUUAUGGGCAACAAUAUCCGGAUGGUGUUUUACAUUAUCAUCAAUAUCAUUUAUACCAUUAUAUGCCGCAUUUUAUUAUAUACGUAAUCAUUAUCGUAAAAAAUCAUCAUCAACAACGAAAACAACAUUGAUGAAAAACAUUGAUAAGAAGAAUAGAAAACAAAAAUCGAAAAAAUCUAAAAUUGAUCAUCAUUCAAAUGAAAAAGAACCAACCGAAAUGUUGGUCAUGUUGACAAGUUAUGGUGGUGAUGAUCAUCAUGAUGAUCAUAAUGAUGGUGGAAAUCGCAAUAAUAAUGAUAAAAAUUUCAACCAAAACAAACAAAAAACAACAAAAAUUCAACCAAACAAUGCUCCAAUGUUUGGCAGUGGUGGUGUUUAUGUUUAAAAAAAUAUCAAAUGUCAUUUUCAAAUGCUAUCUAUCGAUUCGCUGCAUAUCGUCAUUAUCUUCGUCA